AUGAGAAACGAGCCCACUGCGAUUACAAGGGGAAUUGAACCCGCCUCCCUUGCUAUUACUACUACUACUCUGUUAUACAAUCUCUACCCUCUGCCAAUAUUGUUUAUCUCUAUUCCCCCUCCCGGCCUGCUGCUUCCUCUCCCUCCACGGCCCGAAUUGGCGGUGCACGCACUGGGAUGCUUGUGUCUGGCUAGUAUCAAGGCAUGUCCGCCUUGCGAGCACUCUAAAGCAUGCCUGCCCUCCGCUCCCUCCGCCAGCCUGGCUAACCUCGUCUCUCUGACUCCGCACAGCAGCAGCUUUGGAGACAUACCAAACGCUCACCCGCCGCCCACGCCCAAGCAGACGCCCACGUCGGGGGCCUUUCCGAGCCCCCUCUUCGAGACCCCGAAGCCGCCCCAGGGCUCCUUUGCCGACGCCAGCGGCCUGACGCCUCGCUUCGCCGAGGAGUACUCCGUCUUCAACGCCACGCCGGGCAACCUGCGAGGGGCUCAGUUCCCCUUCGCAGACCUCGUGCCCGCCACGCCCUUUGCGCCCUCGUACCUGGGCCACAAGCGCCUGCUGUCCGUCGAAGAGCUGGCCGUCGAGAUUGCCACCCGAGCCAACAUCCCGCCGUCCAACCCCAGCCUCCCUCCGCCGCCCGUCGACCCGUCACGCCGCCUGCCCUCGUCGCCCGCCGCCCUGAUCCUGUCGACAAAGGCCGCCGCCGCCAGCUCCGACGCACACCUCGGCCCUGCCUUUUCCUCGUCGCGCGCCAAGUCGCCCAAGAAGCUCCGUCGGGGUACGAUUGAAGGCUCCGACGCCGCCCAGCCUCUGUCGCCGCCGCCGUCGGCUCACAAGGGCGGCCACAAGCUCGCCCCCAAGGUCAACAUGCAAGAUGACCGGGGCUACGGCCACCCGGACUUUGGCGACGGCUUCCAGGGCCACCACGACAUGGCCGCCAUGAUGGGCGGCCCCGACGACAUGUUUGUCUAUCCACUGUCCGCUCCCCCGAGCACAGCCAACUUCUGGGACCCGGCUAUGGGCAUGGACUUGGAUUUCAGCUCCGCCGGCGCCGCCUUCUUCCAGCCCUCGCACCGGCAUACCGGAUCCUUCGACUGGAACAGCGACAUUCAGCUCUUCCAGGAUCCCGUCCCGCCUCCGCCUCCGCCGUCGUCGAACCAAGAGAAUGUCCAGCCCAACGCGCCCAACAUGCAGCACCAGCCCCUUCGAAGGGAGAGGAUGCUGGCCCCCAAGCCGCCCGUCACCGGCCAGUCCGCCGCGGCUUCCGUGACGGGGUCUGGCAUGUUCCAGGCGCCGAUGGACGACUCGUUUGGCCUGGGCACGCCGAUGGAAGGCGUAGAUCCGGGACUCAUAUACAGCCGACCCCCAACGUCCUCGAUGAAUGCCGAUGAUUUCAACCCGGCCGUGAACGCAACGUCCGCCAACGUGGGAGCCGCGGCGGAAGCCAACAACUCUCGCAUCAUGGCUCAGCCUCGCCGGACGAACAGCCUAAAGGAGAUCAAGAGAGGCAAGAUGCCCGACCGAACCUUUACGAGCUCUCCCGUCAAGGCCAUGGGCCGUCCGGAGCUGAACCGCAGCGUGAGCGAUACCCGAGGAAAGAAGGCCAACGGACGGGGGGCAUUGCCGACAUUGGCCCCCGCUUCACGGCCCACGUCACAGGCUGGCAAUGCUGCCAAUAAUGCGAACGCGGAUGCCGGAAAGGCGGCGGCGGCGGCGCGGUCAUCGGGCUCGGGAAGGAUGUCGCCCCUAAAGAGCCAACGACGAUUGUCAAGCCUGGCGUCCAUUCCCGAGUCUGCCUCCCAGCCACAGCUGCAUCGGCCACGAACGUCGGUAAGGUUCACUAUAGACGCACACGGACGGGCUCGGGCGGAGACGACUGUCCUGGUUGAGGAAGUUGGCAGCAUAACUCGCAGUCGAAGCUCCCGGGAGCUGUCAGCCUCGCGAAGAAGUUGGGAGUCGUCCGACGACGACUCGUCCACGGAUGAGGAGCCAAUCAUCAUACCCAGUCGGACAAACUCGUUCAACGCAUCAUUUGCAUUGCCGGAUCCUCGCAAGCCUGUGGGAUCCAUCUUUCACUCGGGCAGGCGAAGCAUCAGCGACAGGAGCAGGAGUGCUUCGACCCCGUCCCUGGUCACGCCCACCGAAGGGGAUAGCGACCCGGAGACGAUCAUGGCUGAUCAUCCAGAAAGAGGAGGCGAUGCGGCGAGCGAGCUGCGGAAAGUGGUAGAGGACCGUCAGAAGCGGUCCAUGCAGAUGGACAAUGUCCGACCGCAGCAACGAGUUCUCGGCCCAAGCAGCUCCGGGAACUUCCAGGCAAGCUGCAUCUCUCCCCCGAUCAGCAUGGCAGACUCGAGCUACAGGAUGGACGGACACCGAAUCCGGUGUGUAUGCAGGAGGAAUGAGGCCGAUGAAGAAAACGGCUACAUGCUUCAGUGGCGUACCAUGCCCAGCGUGUACAUCUGCGGUUACUGUGCCAAUACGCCCACCGUUGCCGCGCGGCGAGCUCAGCAGCAACACAGCGGGCGGGCGAGCAAUGGGGGACACUCGACGUUGUCCUCUCUAGCGAACAAGACACUUCGGACUCUUCGAUGA